AUGGGAAAGAAGCGCUCCAGGGAACAGGAUGGGCUGUCCGGUGGCCUCUCCGACAAGGCUGCGGACAAGAUGGACGAGGAUGACAGCGACGGAGAGGACUUUGACAUGGUCGACGUCGACUUUGAAUGGUUCAAUUACGAUCCCGAGAUUGACUUUCAUGGUGUCAAAUCGCUCCUGCGCCAACUAUUCGAUGUCGAUGCAAAUCUCUUCAACAUGUCGACCCUCGCCGACCUCGUCUUGUCGCAACCAACGAUAGGCUCAACCGUCAAGAUUGAUGGCAAAAACACCGAUGCCUACGCCAUGCUUACUGUCCUCAACACCGCCGUGCACAAGGAUGCAGACACCAUGAAGGAUGUCCUUCAGUACUUGGUCCAAAAAGCUGGGACCAAUGCUGCCCUGGCCCCCGUCGCAGAGCUCAUCAACGCCAACAAGCACGUUGGCCUCGUAUUUUCCGAGCGCUUCAUUAACAUGCCCUCGGAGAUUGCACCGCCUCUGUAUUCGAUGCUUGUUGACGAGGUCGAGGCCGCCGUCGAGGACAAGGAGCCCUACGAGUUUUCGCACUACCUGAUUCUGUCACGCACUUACACCGAGGUUGAGUCGACGCUCGACAUUGAGGACAGAAAAAAGAAAAAGGCCAAGGAAGAGUCGUCUACAUUUUACUUUCACCCCGAGGACGAAGUGCUGCAAAAGUAUGCUACCGCCUUUGGCGGAUUCGCCUACACCAAGGAGGGCGAUGCUGUCGCUGACAGCAAGCGCGCUUUUCAGGAGAUGGGUAUCAAGGCCCAAGGACACAUGAUUCUCAUUGAAGCCUCAAAGUUCCAGGCAGCAAUCAAAGCAGUCAAUGAUUAUAUAAACCCUGGCCAAUAG